AUGAAGCUUCUGCUCUUCUCGUUGAGCGCGGUCGUGCUCUACGCCAUUUUCUAUUUCUCGUACACGAAUGGCCUCCACGAGAUGGCUCACAAGGCACUCGAGUCCGGCAAGCUGCCGGGGACCAACGAGCCCCUGCGCACAGUCUACACGGGCUUCGAGCCCGUGGAUCAUCUCCUGGCCGUGCUGACCACCUUCUUCUACCCGUCGCUGGAUGGGCAGAACCCCACGCUGCUGUUACACAGCAUCGGAUUCUCCGGCACAUUCGGCGCAGCGUGGACUUUGGUUGUACUGGAGGCGUGGAGAAAAGGCAAUGCCGGAACAAUCGUUGCCUACCCUCUUCUCUUCGGUCUCAUCGCCCAGGUAAUGACAUUUGCAUUUGCGACGCCGUUAAUCUGCGGCCUGCAACUCGGUCGCUCCAUUACCGCGCGCCGUCCACAUGCCGACAACAUCCGCAUCCCACGGGCUGUUCUCGCGGCUCUGCCUCUGAUCUUCAUCAUCGCCUUCAUGGUCCCCACGCAUCUAAUGGUGCUGCCCGCGCCGGCCGUGCUCUCGGUAGAUCUGAAACAGAUCGCCAUCGCCAUCUGGCAGCCAUGGCCCGCCUAUGUGUCGAUCCUGGCCACACUGGCCUAUUUCAUUUUGGCGCCUUUCUUCCCGAACAACCACCGUGCGUCCAUGUCGAGUCUGCGAUGGGUGUAUGCUUUCGCGUUCACCAAUGCGGCCCUGACGCAUUUGGUCUCGUGGAUUCUCUCGCUGGCUACCGUGCUGGUGCCGUUUCUGUUUGAGGACCGCUUCCUUGAUGCUCUGCACCCGUCCAAGGUGUUUGCUAUUCCGCUCCCGUGGUCGGGGCUGAGGGUUGACUCGGUGGGCGAUGGUGUGCAUGUCUUCCUGCGCUGGGAUUACUUGAUUGGGUCUGCUGGUGUCUUGGUUUGGGCGUUGGCUCUGCACACGGUUGCUCACAAGCAGAUCCUGAGCACUGUCUCUUACACUGGUCUGCUGAUCAAGGUUGCUUUGCUCUCUCUUGUUGCGGGGCCGACAGGUGCUGCUGUGGAAUUGAUCUGGGAGAGGGACGAGCUGGUGUUCAAUGAAACUGGGAACACAAGACAGCAAGUUACCAAGACGAACAAGUCGUCAUAA